UGUGUGACAGAGAGCGACCGUCACUACCACUCUAACAUGGCCCAGCAGGGAGUUGUGCUGGACCAGGACCAGUUCUGCUGUUCUGUCUGUCUGGACCUCUUAAAGGAUCCUGUCACCCUCGCCUGUGGUCACAGCUACUGUAGCAGCUGUAUCGAGGGCUACUGGGACCAGGAUGAGCAGAAGGGAGUCUACAGCUGCCCCCAGUGCAGACAGAGCUUCACUCUGAGGCCUACUCUGAAGAGGAACAACAUGCUGGCUGAGGUGGUGGAGAAGCUGAAUGAGACAGGAGGAGCCCAGGUCGCCCCCUCUGAGCUGACCAAUCCAGCUGGGCCAGGAGAGGUGACCUGUGACCUCUGCACUGGGCCCAGGAAGCAGAGAGCCCUCAAGUCCUGUCUGGUGUGUAUGGUGUCCUACUGCCAGACUCACCUCCAGCCCCACUACCAGGUUCCUGGGCUGAAGAAACACAAGCUGGUGGAAGCCACGUCUGGACUGCAGGAGAUGAUCUGCUCCAGUCAUGACAAGCUGCUGGAGGUCUUCUGUCGGACAGACCAGCAGUGUAUCUGCAUGCUGUGUACCAUGGAAGAACAUAAAGGCCAUGACACGGUGUCAGCCAAAGCUGAGAGGAAGGAGAAACAGGACAAGCUGGUCCUGAGUCAGCAGGAAGUCCAGCAGAGAGUCCAGCAGAGAGAGAAGGAGCUGAAGGAGCUCCAACAGGCUGUGGAGUCUCUCAAGGUCUCUGGCCAGGCAGCAGAGAAGGACAUUGAGAGGAUCUUCACUGAGCUGAUCCGCUCCAUUGAGAGAAGGCGCUCUGAGGUGAAGGAUCUGAGCAGAGCCCAGCAGGGGGCAGCAGUGAGUCAGGCUAAAGGACUGCUGAAGAGACUGGAGCAGGAGAUAGCUGAGCUGAGGAGGAGAGACGCUGAGCUGGAGAAGCUCUCACACACAGAGGAUAACAUCCACUUCCUCCAGAACUACCAGUCUCUCUCCAAUACCAGUGUAUCUUCAGAUGGCCCCAGCAUCUCUGUUCCUCCUCUUCAGUACUUCAAACAUGUGACUGAGGUGGUCUCUGAGCUGAGAGACAAACUAGAGGAGCUGAUCCAGAGAGAGUGGUCCAACAUCUCCACCACAGUCUCCACAAUGGAUGUGUUCCUGCCUCCAGAGCCCAAGACCAGAGCAGACCUCUUACCAUAUUCCUGUCAGCUCACUCUGGACCCAAACACAACAUAUACACGCCUCUCUCUGUCUGAGGAGAACAGGAAGGUGACAUAUCUAAUGCAGCAGCAACCAUAUCCUGUCCAUCCAGAGAGGUUCACCGUGUACAGUCAGGUGCUCUGUAAAGAGGCUCUGUCUGGACGCUGUUACUGGGAGGUAGAGAGGAGAGGUGGCCGUGUUGAAACAGCAGUCUCAUAUAAAGACAUCAUCAGAACAGACGGUCACUCUGGCUUUGGUAACAGUGACAAAUCCUGGAGGUUACGCUGCUCUAGUGGUGGUUACACGUUCAGACAUAACAGAGUUGAUGCUGCAGUAUCAGGCCCUCAGUCCUCCAGAGUAGGAAUGUACCUGGAUCACAAGGCAGGUACUCUGUCCUUCUACAGUGUCGUCUCUGACACAGUGACCCUCCUCCACAGAGUCCAGACCACCUUCACCCAGCCACUCUACCCUGGGUUUGGGCUUGUUAACCAUGGUGACAGUGCAGAAAUUCUAAAGCUGUGGUAG